CCGCUGUCGUCGGAAAAGGGUAGCAAUGGCAAUGGCAAUGCUGCUGCUGCCUCCACGACUACCACUACUGCUGCUGCUGCUGCUGCUGCUGUCAAGAGGGCUGCAGCGCUGGUGCCAUCGCUUCCUGCAGGCGGAACAGCAGCAACAGCAGUGGCGACAACGGGGGCAGGGAAUGGUGAUCAUAAUGUCAGAGGUGGAGGCAAGGCCGCCCCUGCCAGCGGCGGCGGCGGAGGCAGAGGUGGUGAAAUGCAAACAUGGUGGCCGCAGCUGAUCGGGCACAUGCGGGAGGAAGUCCCAACCCUACAGCACAGGAGAUGCCGGGCCGUAGUAACCGCACAGCAGCAGCAGCAGCAGAAUGCGCUGCUUAUUGCUUCGACCGACACUGCAACCGGCACCUCCUCGUCUCCCUCAUCUUCGUUAGUGACGCCGCUACCGCCCCAGGAGGGGCAGCCCUCGGCGCUGAAGGAACGACGGAGAACACUCCUGAGCAGCAUCGUUAGCAGCUUACUGUCGUGCGCAUCCUAUGUAAUUGUCCUCCUAAAGCAAGUCCUCUUGACGUUGCUUCCGAGCAGCAGCAGCGGUGGUGGCAGUGGCGGCGGUAGGGAAAGCGGUCUCACUUCCUUAAUUGGACUCCCCAGCCGGCAUGCAGCUGAUCAUGCUGCAGGCGCCACUGCUGUCGUUGUUCCUGCUAUCGCUGCGGGAGGGAUCCUUUCUAGCAGUAGCGGCGGUAACAGAGGCAGCGUUAGUAACAGAGGCAACAGUGGCAGCGACAGCAGCAGCAGCGAAUCAGGCGGUGGCGCGAUCGUUCUGAUCUGCAGCCCUCUGCAACAUGGUGCAGCCACCCCAGCAGCAGGUGGCGUCGAGGGAGAUACCACAACUUUUGAAACGGAUUGCAGUGCUAACGAUGCUACUUUCAGUGGUGAAGUACACGGUCUUGGUGGCAGCGACGGCGCGGGCAACCAAGGGUUCUGCUCGCCGCGCGUCUCUUUCGUGGAUUGCGACGACGAUUGUAACAGCAACCAGAACAGCAACAACUGCGAUCAUGACGGUCAUGGCAUGGAUGAUACCAGUAGUGGUUUUGGGUACCAGUUGUCUGAGCGAAUCACUGCCGUACCUUCCCUGUCGUACCACCUGCAUGCUGCGGUGCCGGGCGGGGAUCCGAUGCCGCCUUGGAGGCUGAGCGACUUCUCCAGCGCCGCCACGUUCCUCCUGCCCGGCCGUACCGCCGACACCCCCGGCACCUCCACCUCCACCUCCGCCUCCGCACCACCUGCCCCCGCCAGCACCCAUGGCUGCCUGCUGGAGCGGUUGCAUUCGUACUACAAUCACAACUCCAACUCCCGACAGUUGUACAACAUGGGAAGGUCAAUUGCUACCAACACCCCUGGAGGCGGAGCAGGAGGGGCUGCUGUUGCUGCCCCUGCUGCUGCUGCUGCUGCUUCCUUGGCUUCCUCGGAGCUCAGAGUAAAUACCGGUGUGGUUCCUGUGGUCGCGACUGCUGCACUGCCAGGCAGUGACUUGAGUGGCGGCGGCAGCGGCGGUGCUGAAUGCAGAGUGGAAGGCCAGCAGCAGGGACGUCGGGUUGGAGGCUUGCUGGCUCCUGCUGCGGGCAGUAGCAUCGACGGCACUAGCAGCAGCAGUAGCAGCAGUAGCCAUGCAUUGGCAAUGUACGGCAGCACGCAUUCCUUCUUGCUGGAGAUAGCUGCCGUACCGCUUCAGCUCAGUCUGUACGACAGUGAUGACAUCGGUGUCAGUGUCCGCGGCAGCAGUGGCGGCGGCGGUGGCAGUGGCGGCGGCAAUGGUGACAGUGGUUUCAUUGAUGAGGUGCCCCGCGUACCGGUACGAUCUGGUUUGACUUUGACAUUCAAGGAAGAGGCGUCUGUAUGGCAAGAGCCGCAGCAAGAGCUUGGCCCGAGCCUGACAGCCGAGGCAGUUUCUUGGAGUGGCAUCGGACUCGGUGGCUUAGGUUCGAUUGGCGGCGGCGGAGGAGGCAUGUUUGGAGUGGCGGGUCGCCGCGGGCGGUCGUUGUUGAGAGAGCUUAGGGACGAGGCACCGCUGCAGAGGGAUCCGGGAGGAGAUCCGGCGGGAGAGACGACGGCCGCGGCAGAAAGAGUGGCGGCGGCGGUGCCGUCGAAGAAAGGAGCGGUGUCGCUUGACGGCGGUAGCGGCGUCGUUGGCGGCGGCGUCGGCAUCAGCGGCGGAGGCGAUGUACGGCAAGAGGGCUCUACCAGCGCCAGGCCCAAGGCGUCUUCUGUGGUUCUGGACAGAACGGAUGCGGCUGUAAGGCUGACGGAUGUGGAUGACACGUUGACGGCAUGCCCGCCCAGCGGUUGCGUUGACGGCGCUGGCGUUGUGGAUGUGGUAAGACUUGUCAGCGGCGGCGGCGGCGUCAGCAGCGGUGGUAAUAGCAAACACGCCGCUGCAGCGACGGUUUCCCCCGCCGCCGGGGGCAGUAGCUACAGACUCCGGGAGCGAUUCGGUCAGGGGCACUUUGGGGAGGUAUGGCGGGCAUGGCGUCUUGGCGGCGACGGAUCUGUACCCGCCGCCGCUGCCGCCGCAACCGCCAGCGGCGCAGAAGGCACCGGCCGGCGGCCUCAACCGCAGCAACCGCCGCCAUCGCAUGGGCAGAGGCGGCACGGGAAGCCGCCACCUAAGCCAGAGGCACCUAAGACUCGCCGCCGUACUGCAGCUGCAGGUGCAAAUGCAGCGUACGACAGUGCUAGCAGCGGCAUGCCGUACGUUUUAAAGCGUCUGCGUGGAGAUGGCGGCGAGGGUGUGUUGCUGAGUGGGUUGAGGGAGGCAUACUUUGGCGGGCGACUGCGGAGGCUGAGAGAUACCAAAGAGGCGGCGGUGGUGGGGCCCGGCGGCAGUGCCAGUGGCAGGCUCAGGCAGGAAGAAGGAGGAGCAGCAGGAGCGGAGGAAGGAGAGGAAGAAGGCGGGGAACUGCAGGGAUACGACCACCUGGUUGACUUCAUCGAGUCCUUCGAGGUGCUACCUGACAGCCGCAGCAAGGACGGCGCCUCGGACGACUCAGCCGCCCCGGGGGACGGUCCCCUGCCAGGGGGAGGCGGCGGACCCGAUAGGGGCCUCGGGCCUGACGAGGACGGCCGCGAUGGCGACCCUACGACGGCUGCUUCCACCUCCUCAUCAUCAUCCUCCGUCCCUCCGCCUGCUGCUCCGGACCUGUGGCUGGUGUUUGGAGAUGCGGGUCGCUCCCUGCACGAUCUCCUUUACGCGGCCCUGGGGCAGCAGCAGCAGCAGCCUCAGCAGCCUCAGCAGAAGCAGCAACCUCAGCAGCCGAACGGAGAGGAGGAGGAAGGUCAGGAGGAGCAGCGCCGGGAACCGAAUGCGGAUGAGGGUGAGGGCGAGGAUGGAAGCUCCACCUCCUCCGCUUCCUCCUCCGCUCCAGCAUUCCAGGUUCUGGGUCCGAGCCCCUGGUGGCAUGCACUGCGGCGGCACCCGGAGGGUAACGAAUUUGUGAGGGAGCUGCUGCGACAGCUGCUGAGCGGACUGAGGGUGGUGCACGAGGCCAACAUCACACACCGGGACGUCAAACCAGAGAACAUGAUGCUCUCGCCCAUCCAAAAGCCCAAGACAGCGUCAGCCAAAGCGACCCGUGGGUCAGUCCAUGACACUAGCACCGGCCGAAGUCGAGUCCAGCAGUCGAUUAGUAAUAACCAUGCAACAAGGGCAACGGCGGCGUCACCAGAUGAAGGUAACGGCGGCAAGCAUCGCCGUCGACGGCAGCAGCAGCAGCAGCUGCAACAGGAGGAGCAACAAGAGGACCAAGCCAACGAUUCGGUUGUGUCGCCCAUGUGGCUUCGGCUGAUUGACUUCGGGUCGGCAGUUGACGGUUACAGUUUGCGGCACUUGUACGGCAAUGAGGGCCCUACGUCUGAUCAGUUGACCCUGGAGUAUGCGCCGCCGGAGGCGCUGUUUGGCCGCUACUGGGAAGGCAUGGCCGCCAUGCGCCCCCGCUCUUGGGCGUACGACAUGUGGGGUGUGGGGGUGGUGUGGCUGGAGCUGCUGAUGGCGACUCCGCAGGUGUGGCAGCUGCCUGCCGCCACCACCGCGCUGCUGUCCGCCCGACUGGCGCUGCGGGGGCGACCCGAGGCGGAGCGGCACCCGGUGUUCCUGCUGAGGGGGCUCAUGGAGUGGUGCAUCUACCCGCCGCAGGCCCCCUCCACCUCGUCAGCCCCCUCCCAGCCCUCCGGGGUUCCCCUCACCGGCACCGGCAGACCCCAGGGGCAGCAGCAACCGGAGGGGCAGCAGCAGGGGCACCGGGAGCAGCAACAGCGGCGGACACAGGAGGAAGAACAACAGCAGCGGACACAGGAGGAGCAGCAACGGGAGCACCCACAAGCCUCUACCUCCUCCCCCACCUCCUCCCCCACCUCCUCCCCCACCUCCACCUCCUCCGCCUCCUCCUCCACACCGCUCAUGUCUUGGAGCUGCACGGAGGAGGCCCUGCUGCGCCUGGCCAGGAGCAGGGACCCCACGGGUCUGGGUCUGGAGGGCCCCAUGGCGCUGCGGCUGCUGCUGCGGCUGCUGCACUGGGAGCCGGCCAGCAGGCCCUCCGCGGCGCAGGCGCUCCAGCACGCCUACUUCGCGGUGCCCCCGGCUGACUGGGCUGCCCACUCGUGCGGUACGGCAGCGGUGGGUGAGCGGGGCUGGUGCUGAACUGCUGAAGCAUGCGGUAUGCUUGAAGGCGUUGUCAGGUUAAAUGAUGCGAGAGAAUGAGGGGUGAGAGCUGAGGGUACGGGGAAGUGCUACUGCAACAGCGACGCACGUAAUUUCUGGGGAUGGGGUUAUGCACAGGCAGGGCAGCGGCGGGAGGUGUGCAACCACGGGAAUUCACGACUGGGGGAGUCCUGUGUGUUUGUAUUGGUUUCCCUGCUAAAUGUUGAUACCGUACUAACAGGGCUGGUGUUUGUGUUGUGCUGUCGCUGUGAAGUGCGUUACGGCUUCGUGACAUGCCUUUAUUACGGUAGAAUAACACCAGCAGCAGGUGCAUUAGCAGAGCAGCUAACGAUGCAGGCUGUUUUUCUGUUUGUUCACAUCUUUUUUGUGCGCUCGUCCUCGCAUUAAUUUUACACAUAGGUGCUAAAUAGACGUGGGCCCCAGUUCCUAGGCAGCUUCUAGGCCCCCUGGCCCCGUACAAGUUAGAGCAGACGUCUGUAUGGUGACCUUAACGCUUGUGGCCUGGUGGCCUUAACACACGUCAGAGAAAGAGGCCCCAGUGUUUGCCCCUGGUAAAGGCGCAUUGGCUCCGGUGCUUCGACAGGUAUAAGCCAAGGCAACAGCGCUAACCCCUAACGCCAUUAGCAAAUGCAGUGUACCGUACAACCCCAUUGAUUCCACUAGCGAAAUAAUAGCCCAAAUAAUCAGGGCUUUCCAUGUCCCCAUGUAUGAACUCCAACAACCGUUACCGUCGAAUACCUUAACUAAGCUGGGAUUGUACGGCUCGCUGACCCUCACCCGGCACGCUCUCGGAAUAGCUGGGCUAACAAACCCCAACGGUUACCCCGCUGAGCCCCAUUUCAAC